CUGUGAAUCUAUUGAACAUGAAAAACAGAGUGAAUGAGGGGCAGAACAAGAACCAUGGAUAUACGAAACAAAUAUUUCCCCUUACUUUUUGUCUUCACCUUUUUUAUGUUCAUUCUGAAAAUCUCUAAUCAAACGGAUACUAUAACUAGUACACUGAUCAUUAGAGAUGGUGAGACCCUGGUUUCAUCUGGCGGAAGCUUUGAAUUGGGAUUUUUUAGCCUAGAAAAUUCCAAUAAUCAAUACGUGGGCAUGUGGUACAAGGAAAUACCAGCUAAGACCGUGGUAUGGGUUGCCAACAGAGAAAUUCCCCUCACAAAUAAAUCUGGAGUCUUGAAGGUUAUCCAACCAGGACUUCUAGUUCUUCUAAACGACACUAAUGGUGUCAUCAUAUGGUCUUCGAAUACAUCACGACCUGCGAAAACUGCAGUUGCAAAAUUGCUGGACUCGGGAAACCUCGUCGUGAAAGAUGCAAAUGAUGAUGACCCAGUGAACUUUCUAUGGGAGAGUUUUAAUUAUCCGACUGAUACAUUGUUACCAGGUAUGAAGCUCGGUUGGAACUUUACAACUGAAUUAGAGGUCUAUCUAUCAUCAUGGAAGAGCAAAGAGGAUCCAAGUUCAGGAGAUUUUACAUAUCACUGUGAUCCUACUGGUUAUCCACAAAAUAUCUUGAAAAAAGGUUCAGUUGAGCAGUAUAAAACUGGUCCUUGGAAUGGUCUCCGUUUUAGUGGGACACCAAACUUGAGGAAAAAUGAUAUUUUCAAAUUUGAAUUAGUACUAAAAAAAAAAGAGGUGUACUAUCAGUAUGGUCUCCUUAACAGGUCAGUUAUCUCAAGGUUUACAUUGAGUCCGAGUGGAGUUGCCGAGCGCUGGACAUGGAUAGAUCAAAAAUGUCAAUGGAAAGUUUACCUGACUGCUCCAACAGAUAAUUGUGAUACCUAUAAAUACUGUGGUGCAUAUGGUAGUUGCAAUAUUGCAAAUUCUCCUGUUUGUGGAUGUUUAAAUAGAUUUCUCAAAAAAGAUCCUGAAGCUUGGAAGAAGGCAGAUUGGUCAACCGGGUGUGUUCGCAGAAAUCCAUUGAAUUGUCAAACAGAUGUAUUUCUCAGGUAUUCUGGUAUUAAAUUGCCAGAUACACGAUAUUCCUGGUAUAAUGAAAGAAUGACACUCAAAGAAUGCAAGAUAGAGUGCUUAAACAAUUGCAAUUGUUCUGCUUAUACUUACUUAGAUAUAAGUAGAGGUGGAACUGGAUGCUUAAUUUGGUUUGGAGACUUAAUUGACAUCAAAGAGCUAUCAGCAGAAGGACAAGAUAUCUACAUUAGAAUGUCUUCUUCUGAAUCCGACUUGAAAGGACAGAAAAGAGAAAUUCUACUAGUAAGUUUUUCGUUGUGUAUGGGAAUAAUUCUGCUGGGUCUGAGUAUGAUUCUGUGUGUUUGGAAAAGAAAGAUGAUUAACCAAAGGCUAAGAAGAGGCGGCCUUGGACACCACUUUACAGACAAUCACCAUGAUGAAAGCCACAAUAAAGACAUAGAGCUACCACUGUUCGACGUACAUACAAUAACUAAAGCUACUGAUAAUUUUUCAAUUAACAAUAAGCUUGGAGAGGGUGGGUUAGGACCUGUUUACAAGGGGCGGCUGGAGGAGGGGCAGGAAGUUGCUGUCAAACGGCUAUCAAGAACUUCACUUCAAGGAUUCGAUGAGUUCAAGAAUGAAGUCAUUUGUAUAGCUAAACUUCAGCACCGAAAUCUUGUGAAGCUUCUGGGGUGCUGCAUUCAAGGAGAGGAAAAGAUGUUAAUUUAUGAAUACUUGACUAAUAGAAGUCUGGAUUUGAUUUUAUUUGAUCCAAUGAAAAGUACAGUUCUUGAUUGGCCGAAGCGCUUCCACAUUAUUAAUGGCGUUGCCAGGGGCCUUAUGUAUCUCCAUCAAGAUUCAUGUCUCAGAAUAAUCCAUAGGGAUCUCAAAGCCAGCAAUAUUUUGCUAGAUUCUGACAUGAAUCCAAAGAUAUUAGAUUUUGGCUUGGCUAGAAGUUUUGGAGGAAAUGAGACUGGAGCUAACACGAGCCGAGUAGUUGGAACUCACGGUUACAUGUCACCAGAAUAUGCAGCAGACGGAGCUUUCUCAAUAAAAUCAGAUGUAUUUAGCUUUGGUGUUCUAGUGCUUGAGAUAGUGAGUGGCAAAAGAAACAGAGGAUUUUCUCACAGAGAUCACAACCACAACCUUCUUGGACAUGCAUGGAGGCUUUAUAAAGAAGGUCGGUCUUUGGAACUUGUCCAAGCACACCCUGGUGUCUCGAGUGAUAUAUCAGAAGUUCUGCGAUUAAUUCAUGUGGGAUUGCUUUGCGUUCAACAAUGUCCAGAAGAUAGGCCAAACAUGUCUUCAAUAGUGCUAAUGUUGGGAAAUGAAGGUGUAUUGCCUGAUGCUAAAAAACCUGGUUUCUUCACAGAAAGAGAUUUGCUUACUGCUGAAAGUUCAACCAGCACAAAUGUCGCAUGUUCAAUGAACGAAAUGACCAUUACAUUUCUAGAUGGAAGAUAAAUAUAUAUGUUACAUUAGUCAUCCAAAUUUUGCUUGUAUAAUUUUCCAGCUAAAAAAUAUGACAUUUCAGCUAGGAUACUAAAUUGUAUCAUUUGUAUUUCUUCUGUUAUAUACUUGAUUCUUCUAUGUUAGUUCCACUACUUGCA